AUGCCGCCUCCCAACUCGGCAUCACACGGCACCCCAGCCUUGUCACCCACCUCACUCGCGCCCGAGCCGUUAUCGCGACGAUCGUCGACUCCCGAUUCCCCAGUUCCUGCAGAGAGCGAUAACGCCCAUGACGAUAAUGUGAACUUCCUGCGAUCUCGCUCCUUAUUGUACAAUCCACUGCUUCCGUCGCUCAGUCGACAUCGCCGUCGUCGAUACCAGACUUCGCACCCCCGACAGAUGGAGGACCUGCCGGCUGACGACCGGAUGGACCUGGACGAGCCCAGUAACCUCCGGUUAUCCGUCGAAAUCAACCGUCGCAUACCUAUCGUUCGUCGCCAACGUGAAGAACCCAGGAAUAUACCUAAUUACGAGAGUCGCCGCUCGAAUUCACGCUCAUUGUAUGGAUGGGCCCCUGGGUCAGAUGACGAGGACGAGGUCCCCCGCCGCGAAGCAUCGGAUGACGACCGGAUCCAGCCUUUCCUCCAUGCUGUUCCAGAUCGCAACGCCACAUCAAGUCGAUCGCGCCGACAUGAACCGACGGCCCGCACGCCACCGAAUGAAGACACGGACUUUCCUUCACAAUGGCUAGAGGAGCCGAUUCCGGUGGAGCUGUUGCAAUCGAUAAGGCGACAACCGAGAUUGGCGAGGACGCGGACACUGGAAAGUUUCCUUUUGGAUGGGCAUGCUGCUCGUUCAAAUGAGGAGUUCGAGGACACGGAACUGACAGGGAGUUCGUCCUCGACAAGGGCUUAUCGAUAUCGCCCACCAAACAGGAGCGACUCGCAUCGACCUCUAACUCACAGCGACCUGCGCGCCAGGGUAGCUGCACAUCGACAACUGCAUUCGAGCGCUCCCGGCGACUCGGUUCUGAAGGAUACAAUCAACUACCUUGAUCGUCUGCGAUACUCCAAUUCCUUCGAGGAAAGCAUCAGCUCUGCGGCCGCGACGGGCUUCAUCUCAUUAGAGAAUUUCUCCUUGAAGGACAGUGACUUCAUUUUGGACAUCAACACCAUAGUGCCACCGGCACCAAGCUCGUGGCUGCGACCUGGAGUGGUCUUCUCUGGCUGCCAGCGAGCCGCGAAUGCGGGCUGUUCUGUUUUGUCACAACGUGUACAAAGUCCCCAUACACCCAACGAACCAGUCAUCGUCAACGGCAGCGACAGCACCCGCAUCAGUGUAUAUACGUCAACCGGGCGACGGUAUCUUGCUAAUGCCCGGGAUGAAAACUGGCCUGUUAAGGUCACGAUUCACAGCAUAAACUACACCGACAUGACGUUGUCUGGUACCAUGGAGGCCUACAAUAUCCCCGACAAGUCCUCACCAAGCCACGAUGCACAUAUUGUGACGUUCCUGGAAGGCGAAAUCAUCGACUUCAACAAACAUACUCUUGAAACCAAGAACUUCAAGGCAGAUGCAGAUAUUGAUAGCACAUAUUGGCGAGAAUUGCAGCCAUUCAAGGAUCUGCCCGAUACUGAGAUUGCCAAGAACCUCGUGAGCAAGAAGUGGAUUACCGAGAAAUUGGUUCAAGGGUGGAUCCUAAUGCGAUGGAAGGAGCGAUGCUUCAUCACCCCAACCGAUGCGCGUCAGGGUCUCACAAUCUCCGGCUUCUACUACAUCUCUCUCCGCCGUGAAGAUGGCCACAUCGAAGGCUUGUACUAUGACCCAGGCAGCUCGCCUUACCAACAACUGUCUCUGAAACCAGAAACGGCGAAAAUGAUUCGUCCAUCCUACAAGUUCCGCUAG